CAAACCAAACCAAAACCCAAACCACUUGCUACCAACCCUCUCUGUCACUCCCUCACACCGACGUCGGAUUCUCCGCCCUUCUCUCCCACUAUCUCUCUCUCUACAUAGACAUAUAUAUAUAUAUAUAUAAUAUACAUACUCCUACAGCACACCUUCACCAUUCUUCUCCUCCACCUCGUAGCCAUCGCCACACUCACUACUCAUGCUCCACCAACCUCAAUAAAUUCACACCCAAACCCAAUCCCCAACUGUUCUCUCUCUCUCUCUCUCAUCAAUGGCGUCCACACCUCUCUCUCAUUCCCUCUUUUCCCCCCACUCAUCUCUCUCUAACAGAAGCCACAUCGACACCGUCUCUCUUCCUUUGCAUCGACCCACGAUGCUGUCUUCUCGAAGUUCUGCUUCUAUCUCCAGAUCUCAUCUUUCAUUGACCCAGUCGAAGAACAAGAAUCGAUGUUGUUUCAUUGCUAAUUGUUCGAAAGAAUAUGUAAACGAAGAGGUUCCCAUCGAAACCAGGUAUCCAGCAUAUCCCACUGUGAUGGAUAUCAAUCAGAUUCGCGAGAUUUUGCCUCACCGCUUUCCGUUUCUUCUAGUGGAUAGAGUGAUUGAAUACAAUCCUGGAGUUUCUGCUGUUGCUAUUAAGAAUGUAACCAUAAAUGAUAACUUCUUUCCUGGGCAUUUUCCUGAGAGGCCUAUUAUGCCUGGUGUUCUCAUGGUUGAGGCAAUGGCACAGGUUGGUGGCAUAGUCAUGCUGCAGCCAGAGGUCGGAGGCUCUCGUGAAAAUUUCUUCUUUGCUGGAAUUGACAAAGUCAGAUUCCGGAAACCGGUGAUUGCAGGAGACACCCUGGUAAUGAGAAUGACACUUACAAAGCUGCAAAAACGCUUUGGAAUAGCCAAGAUGGAAGGGAAGGCAUACGUUGGAGGAGAGGUGGUAUGUGAGGGCGAGUUUUUAAUGGCUAUGGGUUGAAUGAUGAUCUGUGCAACUUGUGUGGUUAAAAUUUUUGCAGUUCCCUGUUGUUGUUUUUUCCUGAUUUCCUUAAUUUUCUUUCCAAGACAACCCCCAAUUCCUCAAUGUUUGAACCAGUGAGCAUCUAUUUAUGGUAGACGGCAUCUACAUUUCUAUUACAAAUCGUAUGAUUUUUGGCA